GACUAUCAUUAUUAAGUCGAUCCAUGUUUUUGUUGACGUGGGUCAAUGUUUACUUCUAUUUUUUUCGUAAGCAAAACAAGGUCACGUUAUGUACGCACCGUUUUUGUGACGACAGGAAAAGUGCAGACGAAUGAUCUUGGGUCUCUGCCUGUCUGUCAUUGCGGCUGUAUGGAUGCUGGUAUCACUGGUCGGACGGAACUGGGUUCGAGUCUCCUUCCACUACCACGAGGACCGAGCUUGGGACUGGAGCCUGUGGAACACGUGCAAUACCGUCGAACAUGAACACGUGAUCUGUGUGAGCGCGGAUUGGUUGACUGUGUGCCUGGUGUUCAACAUGGUGGCCCUCAUUCUCUGCGCUUCUGGUGUGGUCUGCGGAAUUCUGGGCUCGCGACCGUCGGAGGCGGGCGCCCAUCGGAACUGCUUCUACAUUGCCGCCACUGGGUUCCUGGUUCUGUCAACAUUGAUAGAAUUUCUGGUGGUCCUGAUUUUUCCGAUAAAAUUCGGUAACGACAUACAAAAAACUGACGUCAUCAGGCGAUGGGAUUUUGAUUGGGCUUACGGGUUUGCAUGGGGCGGGGUCAUCUUCAGCCUAGGAGGAGCCCUAUGCCACGCAGUACCCACAGAGCGCCGGAAGUGCUGGUCGAGUGACCUUACAGAACACGUUGACACUGCUGUUGAGGAUUCAUCCCCGGGAUGAACUAAUAUUAUUUCACUAUUUAAAAAUCACAUAUUUCUAAUUGUAUAAGCCAAAUCGGAUGCAGUCGUUUUCACAAGGACUGUUGUGUUAAGUACUUAUUAUCCGUGUUCACCGAGCUGUUGAAGUUCCGAUGUGAUGUGGUUAUAUCACAUUUAAUGGCAGUUAGUAUUAUGUCUUAAGGAUGGUAAUCACAAGAUAACCCCGAACUUUGUAUUCUUAGUGGUAAAAUAAAGCAGAAAUGUAUUUACAUGUUCAGUGAAAAUUGUUGCUUAACCCAUUUAUGCCUAGUGGACUCUCCCAUCCUUCUAAAUUGGAUCAAUUUAUUUCCAAAAUUAGAGAUCUCUGGUUUAUUUAUUUCUAUUUUUAGAAUAUUUCUCACAGAAAUUCCUUUAAGCAAACAGCGUAGACCCUGAUUAGACGCCGUAUUAUGCGGCGUCUCAUCUGGGUCUACGCUGUUUCCUAGGCCUUUUUUUGUAGACGCUAGGCAUACAUGAGUUAAGCCUUUUGUAGUACAUGCCAUGAAUACUCUUUUGAACUGCGUCACUGUCCAACACGUAUUAGCUUAAUUCAGAGCAAAUUAUGAACCAUACGUUUUUAUCUUAAAAUCUGUAUCUAUCUGUCCAAUGAUACGUAUUAAUAAAAAACGAGAGAUAUUGCCAAGCCGAUCCUUAGGAACUUAAAUUAUUGCAUUUUUUCUAGUUAAAGACAAAUGGAGCGAAAACAGAUUUCGAUUGUUACCUUCUUUCUAAAACAUGUCCUGCAAAAAGCAUGCAAACACCGCAAUUAAUUUGCUUUUGUCAUAUUAUUACACUGUAAUAAUAUAAUUUAAAAAAUGCAUGCUUAUUUUCACCUUGGUUUCUUUAUUAAUCCGUCUUUCAAUGGUAUAAUAGUAAAGUAAACAGUUGUUAAAAGAACGUCUGGGCUGCAAUUUACAUGUAUAUUUUUAUAUAGGUUGUCUUAAACAUAGCUUAUUGAUAUGUUACUUCAUUGUUUUGUGUACAAUAACGUUAUUAAUAACGCUACCUUAUCUACCUCUUGUUGCUUUGUGCGCUAACUUUGUAUUUAAAUAUGCUGUCAACCAAUGGUUAUAAAUACUUUUUCCUUUAUUUGCAUGAAGAAUACAUAAACCCAUUUAUGCCUAGCGUCUAGAAAAAAGGCCUUGGCAAACAGCGUAGACCCAGAUGAGACGCCGCGGCGUCUCAUCAGGGUCUGCGCUGUUCGCUUACAGGAAUUUUUGUAAGAAAUAUUCUAAAUAUAGAAAUGACUAGACCAGACAUCCCUAAAUUUGGAAAUAAAUUGAUCCAAUGUUGAAUGAUGGGAGAGUCCACUGGGCAUAAAUGGGUUAAUUAAAAUCGUUGUCGUUCAUUAAAAUAUGCAUUCUUUGUUCCUCUGAGAAAAUCGGUCCUUUGUAUGCGUUUGAAAUGAGUCAAUGAUCCAAGGAACAAUACAUAACAAAUGUUUUUAACUAAAAUAUCACAAUUGGUUUGACUCACUUAUUGUCUAUUAGUCCUAAGCUUCAAGACUUUACUAUCUUUCUGAGCUAACGGAUACAGUGCGCUUUUAUUAAAAACAAGAAUUAAAAAAAAAGAUAUACUGCGUAUAUCCUGACUUCAAUAUGAAUUUUAAAUAAAUUGACCUUAUAUAAUCAACAAAGAAGUCUUA